GAACUGGCGAUGGUCUUGUCAGUCAUAGAAGAGUUCACUAACACAAUGUCUGAAAUCAUAGGAACAGAUGGCGAUGUGUCAGUCAUGGUAGGGUUUGACCCCACAAAGUCUGACAGAGUAGAGUUGGACAGCAUAAGAUUAGACAGGACAGAGUUGGACAUGGAAGAGUCAGAAAGGACUGAGCUGGACAACACAGAUUCUGAGAGGACUGAGCUGAACAACCCAGACUCAGUCCGUAGAUUGGACAACUCAGGGUCAGGCUGCUUAGUCAUGGGCAAGUCUGGGUAUGGCAGCACAGAGUCGGGUGACACAGGUGAGCCGGCGAUAGGUUACCCGGAGUGUCGGCAAACCGAAAUGGGGAAAGACUACGUGGGGACACAGAGGAGGACGGAGACUGGAAAGUCUUGUCUCCGAUGGGAUACAUAUGCAUCCAACUACUCAAAGACUGGCGAAUUCGGCCCGAUGACAUCCUAUGGCAAUCUUUUCCGAUUUGGAGACCCGAAAUGGGAUCAGGACUUUUGCCGGAACCCGACGUUGAAGGAGCGACCAUGGUGUUUCGUCGAUAAGCCGGGAAUUACUUUUGAGUUCUGCAACAUCCCCCUCUGCCCCAACUACCCCAGAUCUGCUCGAUGGACCUCAUGGAAGAAUGGGAUACACGCGUAUCCCCCAUUCCUGCGGAAGCAAAACAUCCUCAAGCGGAGACCCAACAACUGGGGAGGAGAAGGAGGAGUGGAGGAGAAGGGUCCUGGAAGGCAGCGGGUGCAGUGCUGGGUGGGUUGA